UUUUCUUGGCUUGCUAUUUUUGGCUUUGACUCUUUGCCUUUUUUUCAUUGGAUUAACCAAACAAUUUUAUUAAUAAGAAUAAAUAGAAAAACCAAAAAUUUCAACACACCUAAUCUAACUGCACUUUGCUGGGUAAUACUCACCCGAUACCAGUAGUCGUUGCUCUUCGGGUCAAGUGUUGGUGUUCGGCCACCGGUCCGAUACGCUGACCGAUGUCCUUAUUCGUUGUGGUCAGUGCCGUUACCAUGACUUCCCAUCGUCCGUCGGAACAGCCCAGCAGUCCUGGUUUCCUUUUCUAUCUACCGGGCGCGUAAUGAAAAGUAGACCAUACGGAAAGACCGAGACAAUUCGUGCACGAGUCCUUUCAGGCGGUGGUCCUUCUUCUCGCCGUUCCGUUCGGUCGUUCGGGAGCGAAAGUGAUGUCCCACCGGUGGAUGGCCCACAAAAGUAAUACCUACCUCUUCAUUUUGCGACCGUUUUUUGUUUCACAUUUUUUUUCGCGGAUCGAGUGGAUCUGGCAGGUGGAGCACCUCAGCCUGGUGCUCGGUCGGGCUUUGAAGGUCCAGUUCUUCCUUCACCCGUAUUACUACCACCUUGGGUGAGUUUCUUAUCGAACCUGGCAACGUGUGAAGGUAUGUGUAUGUGGGCAGGGAGCCUACGAAAUGGGACUACGGGAAUCACCGAGCGAAAUAUAUGGUAAUAGAGAGAGGUUGGCUAGCUUGGGGUAUUCGGUUUCAGAUACAAAAACCAACUGACCGCUACUGAGCACCGUUUAGACGAGCUUCGGACGGCGUACCGUGUGGACGCUCUGAGUGUCGCGUUCGUAACGUGUAGCGGGUGUAUGUUACGCGCUCGAUUUGUGACGUUUGGUCGACCGGUGAAGAGUGUUGUAGAUGGUGGACAUGCUCCACUUUCAGAAGGUGCUCCUUGUGGUGUUGUCUGCCGUUGUUGAGAAAUUGCGGGAGUUCUGGAAUGUCGUUAAAUCAAUCAACACUGCGGCUGUUCAAUUAAUACUUCCUUGGAGUGAGGUAGACGAUCAUCUUCGGUAAAAAGAUCGUUUGUCUUGAACGGGGAGUCGAGUAUAUUGUGAGGUGUCUAACGUCCAUCUUUUAUACGUCAACUUCUUCAAAAUGACCAAGAAUUGUGAAAUAAAAUUCAUAUUCAGUGAAGCGAAGCAAAACAAAACAAAAAACUAGUGCAUCUAGGUGCUCAGUAAUCUUAACGUCACGGCGACCAAAAGUCGCCCAGUCGUGGACGGUCACUCAAGCCGAUCACUGCUGAACGUCGAUAAUAGGGCCUCUCGAAAGGUGAAAGAACGUCAUCCCACUAACGAAAUGAUCGCGUGAACCGUAUCAAAUCUUAAAUCAAAAGCAAGUUGACCAAAACGGUUCUCGAGGGGUCGUGACCGGCAUCACCGGUAUCACACCAUUCUACCAUUCUUCCAGUGUCGUUUUGUGCCUUACCGUUUUCUGUGUGUGUGUGUGCGUGGUCUCGAGACGGUGUGUGGUUUUUGUUUUUUUCGUAUGACAGCGACAAUAGUGGGUGAGGUUUCGAUCGAACCCCCCCAUAGCAGUUGUGUCGAGUGUGUGUUUCCGGUUUUUCAGCUUCCGGUGCCACUACCCUUACCGGUUCUUCCUCGGUGCCAGCUAAAUUACUAUCCACCAGCUAAAGCUAAAACGGACCACACUGGCGGGCCCUCUCCUUUUGGCGUAAUCAGUAGUUCAAAAAGGAAUAUUGUACACUGAACGACAUUUCUUCGUGACAGCGAAAAAGUCAACACAACCUAAGCUGAGAUCACACUGAGUACCACUGGCGUACCACCAAACUUCACUCGCAUCAACAUAGAAAAAGAAAAAAAAAACAAACAAGAUUGAUAGAAGCAAACAUUCACUAAAAAAGCUUCAUAGGUUCGUCGCUUAAAUUUAGAAAUCAUUGAAAUCUUUCGUUUUUCACUUAAGCUAGCUAGUGGUACGUUAAAAAUGGGUUGAAUCUUUCACCACAAAUCCUCGCGCAAGAGAGUGUGUGUGUUUGUGUAGGAAAAUGCGACAUUUCCAUUGCCGCUUCACAUUUAUUGAUAAAAAAAAAAACCGGUAAUGAGGUAGAAAAUUUGAAACCAUAAAAAAAUGACUCCUGUGAGUGUUUUUGUUUGAGUGUACAAAGAAGCUUCCACUAACAGUGAAAACUUUUUUCUAUUGUUCGCAUAAAAAAAACAACAAAAACAUUCGGUGGUGUAUAAUUGAAGUGAUUUGGAAGCUUCUUAAACUUCUGCUUGUAGUGUAGUGGUAGUGGAUAGGCGCAAGAAACCUGCAUAUGUGUAGGUUGUCAGGACGGACGGCAAACAUGACUAGACUGCUGUCACAUCGAUUCGACCGCUACAAACACUGCCGAAGCAUCAAACCCAGCAGCAUAAACCAAAGCCAUAUAAAGAUGUCGUGUGACGGAGUAACGUACGAGGAUGCGUACAGCAGUACCAGCGGGAGAAGAAAACGAUCAUGCACGAAUAGGUUCCCGCUUACCCUAGCCCUGCUGGCACUCGUGUCGUGUUGGCCCGAGGCAGCUGGGCUAGAUCCCAAGUUCGAUCCAUCCACCCGAAUGCGGCUGGUGCUGGUACCAGCCGAUGCAACCGUCGGUUCCGUCAUCUAUCGGUUGCGUGCUUCCGACGAGGAGUUUGAAUAUCCGCUACAGUUUGAGCUAGUCGGUGAUGCGUCAUCAUCGACGGUACAGAUUGAAACGCUACCGUGCACCAAGUUCAACUCCAUCUGCCAGGCGAAUGUGAUACUGACGCGUCGGCUCGAACCGGGCCGGUACUAUGACUUCCAGGUGUCGGUAAAGGACACCAAGGGCGGUAUGUCCGUCCAGAGCUGUUCAAUUACUGCCACCAACUUUACCACACCGCAUGAUAUUAUUUUUCCGCACAAAGCGGGUAUCAUCAUGGUUCCAGAGGAUGCUAAAAAAGGAACAGAGUUAGAUUACGUCCUGUCGAACAAAAACCCCUUAUUUCAGAAACCUGUCUAUCUGGAACUCUGGGGAUCACCGCUGUUCGGCAUUCGGCAAAAGUUUAUAUCACCCGAAACAGCCGAAGGUACCAUCUUUCUGCUCGGUCAGCUAGACUUUGAAAAGCAAGCGAUGUACCAUCUGACGGUGCUGGCAAACGAUGCGUACGCAGAACCUGGUCAGGAUACGCGGAACAUUGCCGGGCUGGAGGUGGUAGUGAUCGUAGAGGACGUGCAGGAUGUACCACCCGUGUUCACGGUAGCACCACCGGUUACUCGUCUUCCGGCCGGACUUAUACCCGGCGACAAGGUUCUACAGGUACACGCCGAAGAUGGCGAUAAGGGCGUACCGCGUGAGAUACGAUAUGGAUUAGUAUCCGAAGGUAACCCGUUUACGUCGUUCUUUGACAUCAACGAAACGAGCGGUGAAAUAUCGCUGCUCCGACCACUGGACGAUAUACUCGCACUGACGCACGCCGGUGAUCCAGUACUGCUGACUGUGAUUGCGGAAGAGGUUAAGGUGAGCCGAGAUGAACCACCUGCGAUGGCAACUACAGUGCAGCUUGCAUUCUUCCUACCCGAACGCAGUAACUCACCGCCAUAUUUCGAGAAUGAUCACUAUGUCGCACGGUUGGAAGAGAAUGCCGCACCGGGUACGGUGCUAGCAUUUACUGACCCGUACACACCGCGCGUCAUGGAUGACGAUGCCGGUAAAAAUGGCGUUUUCUCGUUGACGCUGCUCGGCAACAAUGGUACGUUCGAGAUUUCGCCGAACGUUGCCGAAGGGCAUGCAAACUUUGUCGUGCGCGUCCGGGAUAAUACACGGCUCGAUUACGAGACCGCCACCUAUGUGCACUUUCAAAUACUUGCCCAGGAGCUCGGUCCCGCCACGAACCUGUCGACAUUGGUGAACGUCACCGUGUACCUUGCGGAUGUUAACGACAAUGCACCGGUGUUUGAGCAGAACGACUACAUUGUGGAUUUGCCGGAGAACAUGACGGCGGGCACACGGGUUGUGCAGGUACAUGCGACGGACGUUGAUACGGCCGGGCUCGGUGGUCGUGUGCGAUAUACGCAGAUCCUUGGUCCACAUAACACGUCGCUUAAUCUAGAUCCGGCAUCCGGUGUGGUGACGGUCGCGAUCAACAACCAUGGGUUUGACCGUGAGGCAAUGCCUGAGUAUCAUCUGUAUGUGGAGGCACGGGAUGAUGAUGGUAUCGGUAACCGGGCACAGGUCCCGCUCGUUAUACGACUGAUCGACGUUAACGAUGAAACGCCCACGUUCGAGAAGUCCCUGUACGAGUUCAUUCUGGCGGCGGAUUUGCGAAACUUUACCGUGCCUGCGUUUAUCCAUGCGACGGACGGCGAUGCUGAAGCACCAAACAACGAGGUACGGUAUGAGCUUAUCUACGGGAACUACGAGAAUAAGUUCUUCCUGCAUCCGAUUACCGGUGAGCUAAAGCUGAAUGCACCGCUCGUACCACGCUCCGGUGCUCAGUCGACGGUCGGUGGUUUGCGUCGCCGUCGCCGUCAAGCGGUUGGUGGUGUACCACCGAAUCUAGCUUCCACUGCCAUCACUAGUCAACAGCAGCAGCAGCAGCAGAAAGAGUCGGACGUGUUCGUGCUGACAGCACGUGCGUUUGAUCUGGGCGUACCGGUACGGUACUCUACCGCGACGAUACGCGUCUAUCCACCGGAAAGCCGAACCCGUACGGUCACAUUCAUCGUACCGGGUAGCGAUCCGGAUCGUAAGAAGGUACAGGACACGCUUGCCGAUAUUACCGGGGGACGUGUCAUCAUACAGGAGGUGCGUCCGUAUCGUACCGGCGAUGGAGGCAUUCCAACAGAUCUGAUCGGUGGAGGUGGUGGUGGCAGUGGAGCAGGAACGGAACGUUCCGUUGUGAUCGCAACGAUUCUUUACGAUGCUGACUCGGUUGUCGACAUUGCGAAGAUUCAGCAACGUCUAUCCAUUAACGGUACGGUGACAAACAUCAUCAGCCAGGAGGAACGUAGUGCUAUUCUCUACAAGGCCGAAAAUCGUGUGCUGUUCUGGUUGCUCAUCUUUCUCGCGAUACUGCUAGCACUCGGCAUCCUGACACUCUUACUCUGCUGCAUCUGUCCAAGGUGUCCGCUCAACGCCACCAAUCGAAAAAGAAUACUUCGCGUGAAUAAUAUCGAAGAUGAUGUACAUCUUGUUCAUAGAAAGCAAGGACUUGGAAAGCAAUCCAAAUCUGUGCAGGUCGCCGAAUGGAUGGGACGGCGAGAAGCCUGGUCAGCAGCGAAUCGAUCGACCGAUUCCCGUACCAAGCCGACGCAUUGGGAGUACCGAGGACGGCGCGACAUUGGCAAAGGCACACUAGCGGCUGGCACCGGGGACGACGGGGGGGACGACCGGGAUGGCAAUCCGGAUAAUCACGGAGAUGAUAGCGGCAACGACGGCAAUGAACGGAAGCGGGCGAACGAUGGCGGGAAGCUAGAGAAGCAUACGGUUAAAAUUAGAAGCGAUAUGAAGAAUAAAUCGACCAAGGACGACUCACACAUGCACCGGUCGCGCACGAAUCUGCUCAAUGCCGACCGGGACAUGUACGUGGAGGACGUGGAUGAGCACGAUCCCGAGUACCAGUCGCUGAAGCGCAUCCACCAUCAUCACCAUCAUCAUCACGGUGGUGCCGGCAAUGGUGGCAAACCGGCGGCCGACGAUGUGCUGCCGAUCGAUGACGAUUCGAUGCGCCGGCAUGAGAUGGACCGUGGCAGCGAUCUCAAUUACGAACGGCGCGGCAGCUUUAAACGACAAGGACAUGCGGCGGCUCCACAGCUCGUCGCACACGGUGACGAUAUAGAGCCGCGCGAUCAGUACUUCAUCAAGGAUGGUAAUGCGGAGAUCCUGCGAUUGAUAACGCGCGGACGGAACGAGGAGGAAAAUAUCUACGUCAACAUACCACAGCAGCAGCAGCAACAGCGCCCCGGUGCUACUAACCAGCCGCAGUACAUUAUGGUGGAUAACGGUGGAAAGGAGAUCUUGAUGCGGCGGUACAUUGAGGAGCAAGCGAACGGGAAGCAGAUCAUCCGGGAACACUACCAGCUCCUCCCCGGUACCACCUUUAUUCAGACCAUCCCGAAUGAGGUGCCUGUACGGCGGGGUGAACACGUGACGGAGGUGAAGAUCGGUGCAGCACAGGCCGGUCGGAGCAAGAUGGGUGAGCAGGGUGAAACCGAAGAAGGUGGACGGUUGAAACCCGCCGUGUCGACCCACUCGCUGAUGCACCAAGAGCUGGAACAUUCGCUCAAGCAACAGAAUGCACUGCUUCGGCAGAUACUGCUCGAGAAGGAGAAGCUCGAGGAACGGUACAACCAGUACGAGCAGGCACUCGAGACACAGAGCUUACCGUGCCAGUCGAUGGCGGUGGUGGUAGCAGCUACCCAGACCGACUGUGAUACCGGCACACAGACCGAUCCGGUGCGUGGCGGUGGUAUUGGUGGGCUCGGUAGACGACGAACCAAAAGCGAAAACGAUGACUCACUGUCGGAGGAUGAGUACGAGUACGUCCGGUACAGCCCACCGGACAGUCCGGACGGUGUGUACUUAAUCAAGCGUCGCCGACACCGCAAAAAGACGAAGCACCGGGCAGGGAAGGGUAGCUUUAGUGGGGAGUACAGUGGCGGCGAGUCGACCGGUGAUCGAAAGUCUAACCGGCGCAUCAUUGUGGUGGAAUCGGUCAAGCGCAAGAUCCGCACACCGAUCCAGGAGGAGGACGAUGAGCUGGUGCACCACGGGCAGCAGCAUGGCCGUGAUCACCAUGGGCAGGGCGGUCAUCGCCGUGGUGGACAGGAAACGCGCACUAGUAUUUUACGCCGCAAGCGCAACGAAGAGUUGUCGCGUGGCAGCAACGGUGGGAAUGGUCACGGUAGCACUAGCAAUGGCAAGGAUCAGCGACUCAAGCGUGACGUGUUGAUGGAGAUUUCGGAUUCACUACACGGUGAACAAUCGCGUGGUGGAGGAAGGCGCAACAAUGGAGUCGGUGGUGGUGGAGAAAACCGUCGCAAAAAGGUGUACCGCAAGAAUGUCAAGUACUACGAAGAUUCGGACGGUUCGGAAAAGGAAGUCGUCGUGCAGAAGAACUACUUCUCGGCUGACAGCUUAGACGAGAUCACGUCCGACGUAGAGGACUAUCGAUACUCCGUAACGAAAACGUCGAAAUCGGUUACCGUCUCACCGAAGGCAUCCGUCGAGCAGCGUAUAUCGCGCCGGGACGACAAAACGGAAACGACCACCACCCGCAUCCGUCUCACGACGUCCGAGUCACCGAGCCGGCGUCAGUCGAACGGUUCGACCGGACCGGCGGCACCACCCCCGAAAGGACCGGCCCCAAAACCGCCCCGGAUGAGCAAAUCGCUCUCGAAGGAGGAAGGCCUCAAUGAGCCAACGGGUGAACAGCACGCGGUCAACCCGAAGUACAUGGACUGGUACUACAACCUUGGGAAGGAUUCGGAUUCGCUCGAAAAGCGUGAGAACCGUAAGCGGCAGGACGCACAACCGGCCGUUGGUACAACGACGCUCACCACUACCACAACCAGCUCCACCACAACCAUCACGACGGGCGGUAGCCGGAAAAAGCCGGACGCGGAAGCGGGUGCGAAGGGUAAACCGGAACCGGCACCCCGUACCAGCCCACCGAAGGAAGCUCGACUGCUCAAGGAAGACAUCCAGCACGCGCGAAAGGUCGCUCAAUCUCAACAGCAGCAGCAGCAACAUCCCGGCUCGGAAGCGGGAAACAGUCAUCCGCUACUGCAGCAUUCCGAGCACCGGUUUGAGGCAGAGUACGGCACCGGGCCACAGGUACCGGCACCACCGGACAAGCUGCCGCACUACCUCUACCCGGAAACGCCGCCGAUCGUUAGUCGCGACAACAAGGUGCAGAUCAAGAUCGUCGACUCGUCCGCAGCAUCGACCGGUCCACCGCCACAAACUGCAGCGAAACCGGCCGUCAGUGGUAGCACCAAAGCAACCGGGACGAAUGCAAAAACGCUCAACGUAUCCACGCUGGAGGACGAUCACGAUUCCGGCAUCGCAAUGAACUCGCUGCUCCACACCAAGGGCAAACGGAACAAGAUAGCGGACAAGAAGAGUAUCUUCACCAUCGCGUAUGACGAUGUGCGGAUCCGGCAGAUACGGUCGGAGAGUGAUACACCACCGUUCUCCUAACGGCGGGCGGGUAGCCUCCGGCAGCGAUCCAGACGACGCCAGCGUACACCAUCGCGCACUGGCCGACUAACCAAACGGUCGAGCGACUAGCAGCUGUGGCGCCAGGUUUAGCUCUCCACCAGGAGGCAGCAGCUGUAGGAGGUGGAGGUGGUAGUAGCAGUAGCAGUAGUACAAAGCGGUGCCGGUUUUGGCCAUGAAAUACCAUACAGAUACACCUUUUUCAACUGCCAUAUAGUAGUGUUCCGGCCCACUCAGCUAUCGAUAGCAGUAGCAAACAGCAGCAGCAGUAGCAGUAGCUAACAGUAGUGAUAGUAUUUAGUAGGUAAUAGCAAUUGGACGCUGUUCGUUUGAACGAGAAUGGCAGUGAGAGAAGUCACACACCCGUAACGAAGAUUGUUGUUUCGCUCACAAUAAGCAGAUUUGUUUUGUUAAGUUAGUGCUGCUUUGAGUCGCUGUCGCUCCGGUGAAAUGAUGAUGCGCACCCGCAUGCGUACAAAGUGCAGCCUGCCAGGUCGUACCUAGGUUAAGCUUCUUUCACGUCCCCCUCCCUUCGGGAGCUUAUGUAUAGUCGAGAGAUCCUUAUCGAUGUCUAACAUUUAAGCGUACGAAACGAUUUUUAAUUGGUACCAUCUUUACCUAUCACCCGGUAUACAGUUCGUCUUUCGUUGCGUUCCUUACGUGUCCUUACCUUGUAAAAAUAGGGAAUUUAGAUGUGUACAUUUGUUUGCUUUUUUAGUGGCUUAGUUACUUCAAUGUACUGUUCCUCACCAAAUUGGAAAUGCUCGAUAGUGUGACUAGGCUGCACACACCGAACAGGUUGGUUAACAUUAGGGGUAUGAAGAAGAAAGGAAAAAUUUGCCAUAGGAAGUAUAUGCCCAUUUGCCGGGAGCAUUUUAAAGUGCGGACAACCCGACACCCCCCCCCCCCCCCCCCCCCCAAACCUGUAAAUAGACAAAGUCUGUAUGUUGUGCGCAUGCGAGUGUGUACGGUGCUUUGGUUGGUAGUAGGAAAAACUUAUGUUAGGUCCUGUUCCACUGUUUAUAUAGAAAAAAAAACAAGACAAGCAGUUCAAUAUGUAUAGGACAUACAGUUCCGACGUUAGGCAUGAAUUGGAAAGUAGGUAAGCAAAGUACAUGUAACAGUUACUAUUUUAAUUUGCCUGUAAGCAGCAAACAGUAAACAAAAAAAGGAAGCAAGUGCAUUUUGUGCGUUAAGUUGGGAUGAAGCUUUUCGAAUGUUCCAAACAUGAUUUCUUCCAAUAAGGGCGGGGUGGAAUAUAGCGUGCUGGAUGGAUGAAGGAUGAGGUAUUAUAAUUUAAGCGCAACACAAUAGACAACAGUAGCAAAACAAACAAAAAAUGCAGAAAAAAGAAUCGUAGAUACUUCUUCAACUAGGAUUACUACUUCCUCAAUUGCAAUCAGUAAAGCAAAAGAGCAACCUGUGCUACUGUGGGGGAGGGCGAGGUAAGAGUAUCUGGUCUCUUAUGUGGGCUUGCGAAACAUUUGUUGUAGGGAACUGUGACGAUGACGAUCGAGUUGUAAUAGAACUAGUUUUUAUGGAAAGCGUUAUGCAAUGAAGGCAUAACCUAGGGGAGAAUGAAUGCGUAAACUAUGAAUAAAGAGAACUCUCUAUUUUUUACACAAA